AUCUAGUUCUGAUUCUUUACACUUACCGCAGCAAUCUUCCAAAAUGAAUUUCAAAGUUUUAGCAGCUUCCCUUUUUGGCAUUGCCUGCGCAGCGAAAGACGGUAGUCAAUACCCGCUUUCUUAUGGUGAAGCAUGGGCUGGUCCAGUGCGAUUCGCUGACAACUUCAACCUGUCCAGCAAUUCUACCGGCUUCACCAUGGCCGAGGCCACACUUGUGAUGCCGCAUCUAUCGAUUCCCAAGAAGCCGCAUAAGGAAGUCGACGAGUAUACUGCCUCUUUCUGGAUCGGACUCGAUGGCGUUCUAUCAUCUGAUAUCGUCCGUGGUCUUUGGCAAGCUGGAGUUAUAAUGUCGGUGUGGCCAAACGGGACGACCCAGUAUACAGGCUUUCACGAAUGGAUUCCCGAUGACCCUAUUGACGUCAGCUCGUCCAAGCUGGCCAUAUCAGAGGGCGACCACAUCCAUGUAGUUCUCAAGACGACCAAUAACGGAUACCAUGGCAGCACCACGCUUACAAAUCUGAACACAAGUCGGACAUACACACAUAGUCAAAACGCUGCAAACCUAUGGCGCGGCCCCACUUUCCCAGCUCAAGGUGCAACCGCCGAAUGGAUCGUUGAAGCAGGAACAUAUCUGAACACAACGCAAUAUGUUUUUCCGAACUGGGGAACUGCUUCGUUCUUGAAUGCACGAGCCUGUAAUGAGAAAGGCAAAUGUUCACUACCUGGAGAUGGGAACAAGAAGCAGGGGGAGAUGACCGCCGUUUUUUGGAAUGAUACCAAGACGCUCUACACAAAAUCGUACAUUACAGGGGAUCGUGUCUCAGUUGAAUACAUAGAGAAGCACCAGCCCUCUGUAGCGAACGCCUGAAGAUAGGUAAUCUUAUCGACAUCUACUGCUCUUUUACGUCCAUCUUAGUGCUGUUGGUCUACUGCGACGCUAAAAGGUACUCCUAAUAAUUAGUAAUUUAUUAUAUAUAUACCAAAAAAUUACUCAUUAGAGGGGUAUAGAACUUUCUCUAACGGCACA